AUGUCUUAUAUGCUACCUCAUCUGCAUAAUGGCUGGCAAGUAGAUCAAGCCAUUUUAGGCGAAGAAGAUAGAGUUGUCAUUAUUCGCUUCGGCCAUGAUUGGGAUCCCACUUGCAUGCACAUGGAUGAAAUACUCUUCAAAAUUGCCGAUCGUGUCCAAAAGUUUGCUGUCACUUAUCUAGUGGAUAUUACUGCUGUACCAGAUUUUAACAAGAUGUAUGAAUUAUACGACCCUUGUACUGUGAUGUUCUUCUACCGAAACAAGCACAUCAUGAUCGAUUUAGGCACUGGAAAUAACAAUAAAAUCAAUUGGUCAUUGCAAGACCCUCAAGAAAUGAUUGAUAUUGUUGAGACGGUGUAUAGGGGUGCCAGGAAAGGUCGUGGUCUUGUAAUCUCCCCUAAAGAUUAUUCAACGAAAUACAGAUAUUGA